UUUUGAAUGCGCGACAUUGUAUCUGUGAAUGAAGGCAAGAGUUAACAGCUGUUUAAUUGAUAACUGCUCGCAUCAUUGGUUGCUGGCUAACAAUUGGGAAAUCGGAAAAUGUAGAAAAAUGUAAGAAAAGUUCCAACAAUAUUGACUUAAAUUCAUGACAAGGGUGAAAACAGAAAUGCUGACUCCUGCAUAGGUUAUCGGCUCUAAUGUUCUGACUUGAUAUUUCCAGAUGCCCAGCUCUGCGCUAAUAUCAACACCGUCUAUUUGCUUUUUACUCUCAGGCAUUCGCUCUGCAGGAUUCCAGACCCUACUAAAUUAUUCACAUGGCCCCAACCUGUCCUUCCUUGUUCCGCGGUCCUAAGACAACAAAUGGUCCUAAGAGGAAAAGGGCCUCGCGCUCCCGCUCCAGGUCCACUUGGCAGUCCCCAGUUCUCCCUACUGCCGCUCCAGUGCCAGAGCCUCUCCGAGGGCGGUCGGGACCUCCAACCAUGCACAAGUCUGCAGCUCUCCCCAACUUCCCGUUCAGCUCAGUCUCCGAGGGUGCGCCAGGGCAGACACCCGAAGGAGUGGGGAGUGGCAGGGCGGGGCCGGGAGAAUGCUGCCCCGGAACCCAUAAAUCUGAGCCCUGCCCAGGUAGGCCGGGACAGUUGGGGGUGGCCUGGGCCGAGAGCCAAGAAAAGAGACCCCAUCUGGCAGCCCAAUUUGGCGGCAACAGGUGCCUCGGCGCCCCGGGGUCUAGGAGGGAAGUCGCUCUAGGGGCGGGCUCCGCUGCCCCACCGCCUUCCCAUUGGCCGUCAGUUUAAGGAAAUUGUGCUCUGAUCCGUGUCCUUCCGCCGCAGAAUUUAGUCCCCCCGAAAGGGCAACCUGCCCGCGCGUUCCCGCCGCCACCGCGCUUCCUCCUGAAGGUGACUGCGCCCGCGAAGACGCAGGGGGCGGGGCCCGGGUCGCCGGGAGCCGGGAUUGGACAGAGGGCGGGGCGGCGGAGGGAUUGCGGCGGCCCGCAGCGGGAUAACCUUGAGGCUGAGGCAGCUGCUACUCGCACAGCAGCUGCACGUCCCUGGGAUUCACAUCUCUUCCAGUUUGCAGCGUAGCCCGAGUCGGUCAGCGCCGGAGGACCUCAGCAGCCAUGUCGAAGCCCCAUAGUGAAGCCGGGACUGCCUUCAUUCAGACCCAGCAGCUGCAUGCAGCCAUGGCUGACACAUUCCUGGAGCACAUGUGCCGCCUGGACAUUGACUCACCACCCAUCACAGCCCGGAACACUGGCAUCAUCUGUACCAUUGGCCCAGCUUCUCGAUCAGUGGAGACGUUGAAGGAGAUGAUUAAGUCUGGAAUGAAUGUGGCUCGUCUGAACUUCUCUCAUGGAACUCAUGAGUACCACGCGGAGACCAUCAAGAAUGUGCGCACAGCCACAGAAAGCUUUGCUUCUGAUCCCAUCCUCUACCGGCCCGUUGCUGUGGCUCUGGACACUAAGGGACCUGAGAUCCGAACUGGGCUCAUCAAGGGGAGCGGCACUGCAGAGGUGGAGCUGAAGAAGGGAGCCACUCUCAAAAUCACGCUGGAUAACGCCUACAUGGAAAAGUGUGACGAGAACAUCCUAUGGCUGGACUACAAGAACAUCUGCAAGGUGGUAGAAGUGGGCAGCAAGAUCUACGUGGAUGAUGGGCUUAUUUCUCUUCAGGUGAAGCAGAAAGGUGCUGACUUCCUGGUGACGGAGGUGGAAAAUGGUGGCUCCUUGGGCAGCAAGAAGGGUGUGAACCUUCCUGGGGCUGCUGUGGACUUGCCUGCUGUGUCGGAAAAGGACAUCCAGGAUCUGAAGUUUGGGGUCGAGCAGGAUGUCGAUAUGGUGUUUGCGUCGUUCAUCCGCAAGGCAGCUGAUGUCCAUGAAGUUAGGAAGGUCCUGGGAGAGAAGGGAAAGAACAUCAAGAUAAUCAGCAAAAUCGAGAAUCAUGAGGGGGUUCGGAGGUUUGAUGAAAUCCUGGAGGCCAGUGAUGGGAUCAUGGUGGCUCGUGGUGAUCUAGGCAUUGAGAUUCCUGCGGAGAAGGUCUUCCUUGCUCAGAAGAUGAUGAUUGGGCGGUGCAACCGAGCUGGGAAGCCUGUCAUCUGUGCUACUCAGAUGCUGGAGAGCAUGAUCAAGAAGCCCCGCCCCACCCGGGCUGAAGGCAGUGAUGUGGCCAAUGCAGUUCUGGAUGGAGCCGACUGCAUCAUGCUGUCUGGAGAAACAGCCAAAGGGGACUAUCCUCUGGAGGCUGUGCGCAUGCAGCACCUGAUUGCCCGUGAGGCAGAGGCCGCCAUCUACCACUUGCAAUUAUUUGAGGAACUCCGCCGCCUGGCACCCAUUACCAGCGACCCCACAGAAGCCACCGCCGUGGGUGCCGUGGAGGCCUCCUUCAAGUGCUGCAGUGGGGCCAUAAUCGUCCUCACCAAGUCUGGCAGGUCUGCUCAUCAGGUGGCCAGAUACCGCCCACGUGCCCCCAUCAUUGCUGUGACCCGGAAUCCCCAGACAGCUCGUCAGGCCCACCUGUACCGUGGCAUCUUCCCUGUGCUGUGCAAGGACCCAGUCCAGGAGGCCUGGGCUGAGGACGUGGACCUCCGGGUGAACUUUGCCAUGAAUGUUGGCAAGGCCCGAGGCUUCUUCAAGAAGGGAGAUGUGGUCAUUGUGCUGACUGGAUGGCGCCCUGGCUCCGGCUUCACCAACACCAUGCGUGUUGUUCCUGUGCCGUGAUGAACCUGAGAGCCCCUCCUCCAGCCCCUGCCCCACCCCCUUCCCCCAACCCGUCCAUUAGGCCAGCAAUGCUUGUAGAACUCACUCUGGGCUGUGAUGUGGCACUGGUGGGCUGGGACACCAGGGAAGAAGAUUAGUGCCUCGCUGAAACAUGGCUGUGUUUGCAGCCUGCUCUAGUGGGAUAGCCCAGAGCCUGGCUGCCCAUCAUGUGGCCCCACCCAAUCAAGGGAAGAGGAGGAAUGCUGGACCGGAGGACCCUGCAGCCAGAUGGCAAGAGGGUGACAGCUUCCUUUCCUGUGUAUACUCUGUCCAGUUCCUUGAGAAAAAGUGGAUGCCCAGAGGACUCCCAACCCUGGCCUGGGGUCAGGAAACAGCUAGAGAGUUAGGGGCCUUAGGGCACGGGGCUGUUCCAUUGAAGCUGACUCUGGCCCUGGCCCUUACUUGCUUCCCCAGCCCCCUGGGCCUCCCCCGUUCGCACCUGUCCCCGCCCUCCACUCAGCUGUCCUGCGGCAAACACUCCACCCUCCACCUUCCAUUUUCCCCCACUACUGCAGCGCCGCCUCCAGGCCUGUUGCUAUAGAGCCUACCUGUAAUGUCAAUAAACAACAGCUGAAGCACC